AUGGACAGCGACAAUGCUCUAGACAACGCAAGUGAAGCAGCCUCAAGCGAAGAGGAGAAGCAGCAAUCUGCAUUUUUGACCCUCCCCGUCGAUGUCUUCAAAUGCAUUACGGAUUAUCUCGAUCGGGAUGCUGCCUGGUCGCUCAAGCGCGUCUGCCGGGGGUUAUCACGCUCAGAAGUUGUGAACAGGCUCCUCUAUAAAUACCCUAUUCAGCUGAGCGACGUCCGUGAUAUACGCUUGAGCGAUUGGAAGUACAGGUCGAUGGGUCGGCUGCGCUGGAUUAGCUUCCAACAAAGCAUCAACGACUCCAAUAGGGCCUUUGUACAGAAGCUUGCUCUGUCCCAUUGGUGUAGCAUUGAUGACUUCAUCUGGAUCGAGAAAAAUUUGCCAUCUUUGGUGAGCUUAGACAUAACUUCGAUAAAAGAUUUCGUUUGGUCGCCUGAACAGCUCUGGACCUGGAAGGAGCUGGCAGAGGCCACCCCAAAGCUUUUUGCACGACUAGAUUUUUUGGAAGUUGCGAAUUGGUCGGAUUAUACUGCUCAUUCCCGGAUUGAGUACAGUUACUCAUACAACGAUUACAGGUUCAAACCAAAAUUCCGAAUUUCACGUCGGAGGGAUGGGGGUUCCGUUGCCAAGAUGAUAUUCCCUAUCUGUACGCAACUCAAGAGCCUUGCUAUUCGCGAGCGCUAUUCUGGUUUUCAUACCUGGAAUGAAUGGGAAGUACAUCAACGAGUAUGCUGCCUUAUCGACGGGAUCUCUAGCCAUUGCCCACCAACCUUGUCAAAACUGAGAGUGUACGACUAUGCUCCAUAUCGAUCUCUCUUCUCCACCGAUGUCACUACCUGGCAAAACCUCUCUCAAAUCGAAAUCGGUCUGUAUUCUUGGAUGGAGGAACGCCGUGAUCGAGAUGUUAUCGGGCCCAUACCUUACCGCAUCACGCCGGGCCACCACCACAGGGACGACGAAGAAGCCUUCGAUGAUAAAACAUUUGAUACCUGCGAUCGCAAUCACAUGGAGUUAGGCCAACAUGUGGUGCAGGGAGUCAGUGCAUCAUUCGAAGAUCUGCUUCUUAACCUUCGCACGAUCACUAGCAAAUAUCCAACAGUGAACGUAAGGCCGAUCCAUAAUAGCCUUCGCGACAUAGUUUUGCACCCAUUUCACCUGGUCAAUGUCAACCAACGAAGAUUCGGCCAUCCUCCACAACAACAGCAGCAGGUCAACCCACCGGAUCCUGUCUCUAGUCAGGAAAUACAGGAGGCGCUGCGCUGGUUGGCGGAGAAGUGUGGCUGGAAACCGGUUCUAGCGUGGGACUCGAUGAUGUGUGAUGUAUUCCCUGCUAAUCUAGAGGCAAACCGAACGUUUCUACCUAAGGCAGAUUUACUGUCUCGAAUCCGAACUAUGGUCCAGACGUUGAAAACUCUCAACAUUCCUAUCCGACUGUCCAUUGGAGAUCGCACCAACAACUGUCCGAGCUCAGGGUUGGAUGGGUCGCUUUACUUUGGAGACUACAAAUGCUUCGUUGGAGAGGAUGACAAUAAGCGGGAAAUCCUGGCUCCAACACAAGCCCGCUUUAAUCUCACCGGGAUUGCGCAUCUUGUAGACGAGCUCACGAUACAAUACCCGGUCGAUGUACCUGGAGUCGCAGGCUGGGGCAGGUCGAGCAAACGCCCUACUGAAGCAGAGUUAGAGCUCCUGCGACGAGAAGCUAGAGGAUGGGCUAGGUUCUGGGCACGAUACGCUUUGCAGUUCAAGAAUCUCAAGAAAUUGACAGCAACCAUUCCAGACUACAUAUAUAACGGGUGGGGCAAAUCAGGGAAUUUGCGGGAGCUGUUAAAAGAUGAACGUUGGGACAUGCUGCAAAUCGAUGAGAAGUUUAUGUCUGAUUUUACCUUCUUUGGUGGCUAUCUCCCCUUCAGCAACAUCCGGUACGGUCUUGCUAAGAAGAAACCGCGGAUGAAGUUUGUGCAGCGAGUGUUCUUCAGACAGGACACGGAGGAAUUGCAGCUCAACAAACCGUCCCUUUCAGACCAGGAGCUAGAAGAGAAUGAAAUCUUAGAUUCAGCUAUUACGCCGAACGAGGAUAGGCCGCCGCAUCGAUUUUGGCCACCAAAGGCUCUGAAGGGCGAGAAGAGGAAAGUGGAGGAGGAGGAGGGCAAGACAAUGCCGAGGGUGAAAAGAGUUAAAGUAGAAUAA